GAGGGUGUUCAUCGGACAGGUUGCGGGUGGCUGCAGUAUUAUAAAUAGGAAUGCUCCGGUUGAGGGGCUCGGCGUCAGUCGAGAUUGAUUUCUCGCGACUGCUUUCCUACGUCUCGUUGCAGAUCAACAUGUUGUCGGAGAUCGACGACUAUCUGUUUCUUUUUGGAGAUCAACAGGAAGAAUAUGUCAUGCUGUCUCCUCUUGAGCAUCAGAUUGCAGAGGCAAAUGACGAUGAUGUCAACCAAAACAAGCCCCUCGAUCACAAAAAUGGGAAUAAGGCGAAGGGCUCGGUGACGGGGAGCAGCAGCAGUAUGCGUACCAGAGUUGCAUUCAGAACGAAAUCAGAGAUUGAGAAAUUGGAUGAUGGAUAUGGCUGGAGAAAGUACGGAAAGAAGAUGAUGAAGAACAGCCCGAAUCCAAGAUUUGCAGCCACUCUUUCUGGCACACAAACACAAGACAAAAACAUUUGGGAUGUUCAGGUUCUGCAGCAAACUAAGAAAGGCAAGCAAAUGAAAUCAUGACAGGAACUAUUACCGCUGUUCGAGCGAAGGAUGCAAUGUCAAGAAGAGAGUCGAGAGAGAAAGCGAAGACUCGAGGUUCGUGAUAACGACAUACGAAGGCAUCCAUAACCAUCGCGCCCCCUUGCCUGCGAUACCCGCACCGCAUCCAACGAUCGGAAGACCUCAUCCACGCAGCUUUUCUCGCUGAGUAAAACCAGGCAGAGAUACUUGCCACGAAUCCAUGGAAAGAGAGGUCGCUCCCACGCAAAGUUGGAAGGAGGCACAUUGCAUGCAAACUCAGGUCGCUGAUUCAGAGAAGAAGUUAUUAUACAAAAGUUAGCAUAAUUUGUUGAUCUAGGAAUCGUGAAUAGAAAAGAUGUAGCAACACAGACUUGGUGGUGUUGGCAGUCUUCGAUCGAUACAAAUCUAUGCAUCUUUGUCACAGUGUUUUGUGGUUGGAAGUAGCUAAUAUGAUGAUACAUGGAUGCCUGGUGGCAGCAGCAAA